AUGGAGGAAGGAAUAAUAGAAGAAGUACAGGAUAAUUUCGAGGAAAAUGAACACUACCUACCUCAUCGUGCAGUUAUAAAACCAAAUAGCACUACCAAAAUUAGACCCGUAUUUGAUGCUUCAGCUAAGGCCAAAGGUUUUCCAAGUUUAAAUGAUUGCUUAGAGAAGGGUGAAAAUCUUAUUGAAUUAAUACCAUGUAUUUUGAUGUGGUUUUGGACAGAGAGAAUUGGUGUCGUUUCAGACAUGCGUAAAGUCGUCUUACAAAUCGGACUUACUGAAACUGAUAGGAACUACCUAAGAUUUUUGUGGCUUAAUGAUGAAGGCUUGAAGAUUUACAGGCAUUGA